AAUUUCUAUCAACCAUAUGGCGUCAUCAAACACUUCCGAGUUCUUCAAUUGUUACGUCCAUGAAUGAGCAAACUAGGCCAAGAGCAUGUGAUGCUUGUAGGAGGAAAAAGAUUAAAUGCGUGAUAACAGAGGAGCAUAGCAGCUGUUCACAUUGUUCAGCUAGAGGAGAUAACUGCACAUUCGAUCAUCCCACUCCAUUCAGACGUCCGAAGCAGGCGUACGUCGCAGCUAUCGAGAUGCGAGUAUCAAAGUUGGAAUCAUUAGUAGCUAGAUUGGCACCCGCAGGAUUUGACUACAUGAAAGAAGUUGGACCACCUAUCACAGCGGAGUCCUUUGAUAACAACCCAACUAAGACGAGAAAACGUAAACAAUCAGGCGAUAUAGCCAAGAUUCCAGUUGAAGAUGACGAUGACGCAAGCGAUGCGGAACUCUUGGAAGUAGAAAGGAAGUUUAGAAAAUGCCUGUGUAUAAACGACCCAGUUCCAGAUUUACAGAGAUAUUACGGUCCAAGUAGUACAGCUAUUUUGUUCACUGCUGCUCAAGUAUACGGCGGUCAGCUAGAUGAUAACUCCAAGGCGUCACUCCUGCGACCGAGAUUCUGGCAAGACAAUGAGCGUAUAGCUGAGGAAAAGAUGGAUGAUGAUAUUUUACCGAUUUUACCAAGCGACUAUCCAACUAAUCUUGAUAAACUGGUAGAACUCUAUUUUGAACACGUUAAUAGCUACUUCCCAUUGUUACACAAGGAGACUAUAAUCCAGGAACUUCAAUUUAGGAAAUUAGAUAGAAGCUUUGCUGGAGUUAUUAUGUUGAUAUGUGCUAUUGCAAGCAAAUUUAGCGACGACCCUAGUGUGUUAUCAGUAGAUAAUGACAGCCUUUCUGCUGGCCAGAAAUUCUACAAGACAUAUAAACUCAAAUGCAGGAGAAACCAGUUGGCUGCACCAUCAUUGAACGAUAUUCAAUCUCAAAUCUUGCUACAAUGGUACCUACAAUCAACGCCGUUCUCAAAAGCCAGCUGGUGUAUAAAUGGUUUGACCUUCUCGUACUUGCAAGAUAAGGGUUAUCACAAGAAAACAUCUUCGGAUGACUACGUAGAUGAUGAAUUAAAGCGCAGAGCAUUUUAUUGCGCUUUCGUUCAGGAUAAAUCGUUAUCAGCGUUGCUUGGACGGAGCGCGAUGAUGCAUAGGCAUUUCGACGUUCAGCAGCCUAGUGCAUUACCUGAUGAAGUCGGUACAUCAAUGGAGCUGUCUAUCAAAUAUUUUAAAGAAAUAAUCAAACUCUAUUCCAUACAAGAUGAAGUACUUGAAGCUUUGUAUGGUACCAAAAAAGUUAGCUCGCAUUUUCCAGAGGACAAGGUCAAAGAAUCAGUAGCUAAGAUUGCUCAGCUGAACGACAAGUUGUAUAGGUGGUCUGAGGAUAUCGAUUUGGAAUUGAAAUACAAUUCUAACUGCACUGAUGAUUUCACGCAUUCAUUGAUGUCAAACUUACGAAUUGCGUAUCACAUUCUGCAAAUAUUCACGUAUAGGAAUUUCAUAACGAUGCCUCGACGCUCUACAUUCAGAUCAACGAGUUUGUCAGUUGCAACGCAAGCGAGUAUCAACUUGUUAAACAUUUGGUAUGCUAAAGCAAAGAGAAAUAAACAACAUAGCUUUGUCGAUAUGCUGAUAGCGACUAGUCCAUUUGUUGUUUGUUUAGUGUUAGUAAUUAGUGCAUGUGAAUGUCGAAAAUACGCUGGAGAAACCGCAGAUCUCUUGGAGCUUAAGUAUAUCGAAAUUGGAUUGAGGUUAUGUAGAGAGGGAGAAAAAUACAACUAUUACAGUGGUAAAGAGAGUGAUUUACUCAUACAGUUGCUACAUAUGUGCAACUUACAUGUCGAUGUAAAUAAUCUUCCAGUUGUCGAAGAAUAUGAGAAUACUAGUAGUGGCAGUAGUACAUUCAGUUUAGAUACACCACCUUCAACUGAGCAUACUCAACGACUUUAUCUCGAUCUUCUUGGAUCGAUCAACGCGAAUGUAGAUGCGCCAAUGAAGGAAGGUAAUACUAUGGCUACGGUUGACAACCUUGAUAGCAUAUUAAAUGACUAUCCUGUCACAAAUACAGUUGACGAGCAAUGGAGAUCAUUUAUUAACACGUUAGAUUUCUAAGAAUGAAUUUAAGCUGAAUUUAUAUAAAAUUAAUGACUUUAAAUAAAAAAAGCAAUAUGAAUAUG